AUAAUAACAGGUAGUCCUACUAACAGAAUGCUUUCUCAGAUGGGGUUCAUCGGGUCAAAAUCAUAUCGUGCAGGGACAGAGGUCUAUUUUACCAUUUUGAGGUCCUUUGGGAAAAAUGAUUUGGGAAGCCCUGCACUUGAACCAAUGAGAUAACACGCAAACACACAUACACACACGCUAUUGCCUUGUCAGCUAACCCCCUCUAGUGCCGAGCAUCCUGUACAGAUGCGCACAGUCUCCCACUGUAGCCGCCGCUUCAGCUGCUCCACCGCUGCAUCCUUGUAUAUCUGUUCACUGUCCCCAUCGCGCCGUAGUCCGACGCGCAUUGCCGUGCCAACAACAGGAUUUCUAAAGUCUGUCACGACUCUGUGCGCUACGGAGACGCACUAUAUUGAAAAGGACGUUUUAGUGUAUCUUUGAAACAAUGCAAUACCGGCGACUGAAGUCCGUGGGAAAUCUUCAAAGUUGUUAGUAGCUAGGUGUUUCUCACCUUGUCUGAAAUUUUGAUUUCACUUUAGAUAUUUUUGCGACUUUAUCCAAAAUCUUUCCGUUCCGCGCCAUCUCCGCCGCCUCCAGGAAAGGGAUGGAUCUCCUUUUGUUCCGUCACCCAGCAGUUCUCUCCAACCGGGACCAAAUGUAAGGACCAGGACCGGUGGAUCAGUGCUUGUGGAGGAUCCAGCCGCGCUUAUCUCAGACCACGUUACCUCUCGGCUAGAAGUACCUCAGAUAAAGCCGGGUGAUGGAUGUUGCAGCAGACAUGAGUUUUGGAAACAGAUUGUUCCUCGUUUCACUCUUUCUUGGAAUUGUCCUCACUCGCGUCAGUCAUUGCAACCAAGUUGUGCUGCUGGAUACGACGUCUGUGCUUGGAGAGCUUGGAUGGAAGACAUAUCCUAUAAAUGGGUGGGACGCCAUCACAGAGAUGGACGAGCACAACAGGCCCAUACAUACUUUCCAGGUUUGCAAUGUGAUGGAGCCCAACCAAAACAACUGGCUUCGCUCCAACUGGAUUUCUCGACAGGCUGCCCAAAAGAUCUACGUGGAGCUUCGCUUCACCUUGCGUGACUGCAACUCCAUCCCUUGGGUGUCUGGCACCUGCAAGGAGACCUUCAACCUCUUCUAUCAUGAGACUGAUGAGGCUCACGGUGUCAAAUUCAAGCCUGUACAGUACACCAAGAUCGACACCAUCGCUGCCGAUGAGAGCUUCACUCAGAUGGAUCUCGGAGAUCGCAUCCUCAAACUCAACACAGAGGUGCGCGAGGUGGGACCCAUGACCAGGAAGGGCUUCUAUCUGGCAUUCCAGGACAUCGGGGCCUGCAUUGCCUUGGUUUCAGUGAGGGUUUACUAUAAGAAAUGUCCAUUCACACUGAGAAACCUGGCCUCAUUUCCAGACACAGUGCCUCGUGUGGACUCUUCCUCAUUGGUGGAGGUGAGGGGGGCGUGUAUUGACCAUGCUGAAGAAAGAGACACACCCAAACUGUUCUGUGGAGCCGAUGGAGACUGGUUGGUUCCCUUGGGAAAAUGUGUCUGCAGCGUUGGGUAUGAGGAGAUCGAAGGCUCAUGUCUUGCAUGCCACCCAGGUUUCUACAAGGCAUAUGCUGGAAACAUCAAGUGUUCAAAGUGCCCUCCGCAUAGUUUCAGCUAUGGAGAAGGCGCUGCUAUCUGCCGCUGUGAGAAGGGCUUCUUCAGGGCUGAGAAAGAUCCUCCAACUAUGGCUUGUACACGCCCUCCAUCUCCUCCCCGCAACUUGUUAUUUAAUCUGAACGACACCUGUCUGAUGCUGGAGUGGUCACCUCCCAGUGACACUGGGGGUCGCCGGGAUCUCACCUACAACGUCCAGUGCAAACGCUGUGGCCCCGAGGCCGACCAGUGCCAGCUCUGUGAGGAGGAUCUUCGUUUCCUACCACGACCGUUAGGCCUGACCAACGCCACUGUCACUGUCAUGGACUUCUCAGCACACGCCAACUACACCUUUGAGAUUGAGUCCCUCAAUGGUGUGUCAGACAUGAGCUCCUUCCCUCGCCAGGUAGCCAUCAUCACCGUCAGCACUGAUCAGGGUGGUCCGUCUUUGGUUGGGUCUCUGAAGAAGGACUGGGCCUCUCCAAACAGCAUUGCUCUCUCCUGGCAACAACCUGAACACACAGCACUGCCCAUCCUUGACUACGAGAUCAAAUAUUAUGAGAAGGAACAUGAGCAGUUGAGCUACUCGUCGACACGCACCAAGGCUCCCAGUGUGAUCAUCUCAGGUUUAAAACCAGGGACCUGGUAUGUCUUCAGUGUACGCACCCGCACGCCAGCUGGAUACAGUUCCUACUCCCCUAAAUAUGAAUACGAAACAACAGGAGACUCAUCAGACAUCGCUUCCGACCAAGGCCAGGUGUUGGUCAUCGUCACAGCAGCGGUUGGUGGCUUCACCCUCCUCGUCAUCCUCACCCUCUUCCUCCUGAUCACUGGAAGGUGUCAGUGGUACUUUAAGGCCAAGAUGACUUCAGAGGAGAAAAGAAGGACCAGUUAUCAGAAUGGACAUGUCCCUUUCCCAGGAAUAAAGACCUAUGUGGACCCUGAUACAUAUGAAGACCCUGCGCAGGCCGUCCACGAGUUCACCAAGGAGAUCGACCCGCCCAGGAUCCGCAUCGAGAGGGUGAUCGGAGCCGGUGAGUUUGGCGAGGUGUGCAGCGGUCGCCUGAGAACACCGGGGAAGAAGGAGAUCGCCGUGGCAAUAAAGACACUGAAAGGCGGGUAUGUUGAGCGCCAGAGGCGGGACUUCCUGCGCGAGGCGUCAAUCAUGGGCCAGUUUGACCACCCCAACAUCAUCAGGCUGGAGGGCGUGGUCACCAAAAGCAGGCCUGUGAUGAUUGUGGUGGAGUACAUGGAAAAUGGAUCACUGGACUCGUUUCUGAGGCAUCAUGAUGGUCACUUCACUGUCAUCCAGUUGGUUGGCAUGCUGCGUGGCAUCGCCUCGGGCAUGAAGUAUCUGUCAGACAUGGGCUACGUUCACCGAGAUCUGGCUGCUCGGAACAUCCUGGUCAACAGCAAUCUGGUGUGUAAAGUGUCAGACUUUGGUCUGUCCCGAGUCCUGGAGGACGACCCGGAGGCUGCUUACACCACAACGGGUGGUAAGAUCCCCAUCCGAUGGACGGCUCCUGAGGCCAUCUCAUACAGGAAAUUUUCCUCAGCCAGUGACGCGUGGAGUUACGGCAUCGUAAUGUGGGAAGUGAUGUCAUAUGGGGAGCGACCAUACUGGGAGAUGUCCAAUCAGGAUGUGAUUCUGUCUAUUGAAGAGGGCUACCGGCUGCCUGCACCGAUGGGCUGCCCCGUGGCUCUGCACCAAUUGAUGCUGCACUGCUGGCAGAAGGAGAGGAGUCAUCGGCCAAAAUUCACCGAUGUUGUUUCCUUCUUGGAUAAACUGAUCCGUAACCCCAGCAGCCUGCUGCCACUGGUAGAGGACAUUCAGAGUCUACCAGAGUCUCCGGGGGAGGAGAUGGACUACCCGAUGUUCAUCUCCAUCGGCGACUGGCUGGACUCCAUUAAAAUGAGUCAGUACAAGAGCAAUUUCAUUGCAGCAGGCUACAACACAUUGGAUUCUGUGGCGAGGAUGAGUAUUGAAGAUGUGAGGCGUAUAGGGGUGGAGUUGAUCGGCCACCAGAGGCGGAUCAGCAGCAGCGUACAGACCCUCCGCCUUCAGCUACUGCACGAACAGGAGAAGGGUUUCCAUGUAUGAGGACACCCUUUAACACAACCUGGGCUGGACAGAUAGAUGGACCAGACGGAAGUGAAGUUUAGACCGUCAGACGGACAGUCUACAGCCUGUGCCUGAGUCUUAACCCCUCAUUCAGGAGGUCAUUGGACAGACUACCACAGCAGACUGCCCACUGGUCUUCCUCACAUCCAGUAGUAACAGACGUUUUCCUACUAUACACCACUUACCCAGUAUACCUGGUUCUGCCAGACUAUUACAGCCUGAUAGACUUUAAAGACUGGGCCAGGCCCUCACUUAGGGGAAUGUAAUGCCUUGUUGCAGCAGCAGUACUUUGUGUGUGGAGCAACAAUAUCUAGAGAUGUAGAUUUGCAAACGUAAUCUACUGAAUCUUUUGACUCUUUUGGGUUUUGUUUUUUUUUUUUGUUCUUUUCUCGCUCCGAGUUAUGUGCUCAUGUAGCUGCUAUCAGGUGUGCAAUCGAGAAGUUUUGUCCUGUUUUGAAAAAAGUAUCCUCGAUAUUUUUUUAUUUUGGAGUUUGAUAAUUUAUCACAGAGGAAUUAUUUGCAUUGCUUUAGUUUACCCUCUCUCCAGAGAUUCUGGUACGCUAAUACUUGAAGAAAGAAGUUAGAAGCAAGCUGUGGAGAUUUCUUGAAUGUUUAAAAGUGUAUAGACAAUUAAUCAAUAAUUAUUAUCAUAACCUAAUAUCUAUAUAUGUGCAGUCCUGUAUGUGAAAGCCCUAGUAAAUCUGGAUCUUAUUUAAAAUGUUUUAUUUAUUUAAGAUUUUUAUCCAAAUCAGCAAUACAGUAUUAUGCAGUCACCUCAGUAUCUCAGAGAGAGAUGAAGAAUUGUGCAAUGAGAGAACUCUUCUUGGCAUAUAAACAUGAGGCUCACACCACACCAUCCACCUGUUUUUAUUGCCACAUGCUAAGCUUGCAGAACUGGAUCCGUUGCCUUCAGAUGAAUAACCAUACAAGUCUAUUCUGACAGUUUUUAGAAGCCAGCGUUGAGUGGUAAGCCUGAUUUUUUGGGGGAGGGGAUUGUGGAUGUUAUAUGGUGCCUGAAAGUACGCAAUCUCCUUAACAUAUCUUAACAUAUGAAUGUUCACAGAACUUAUAUAUACAUGUAGACAGGGGAAGAUUGUCUGGAAACUUAACAUGGACUUUUAUGGUUCUUCAGAAUUAGCUGAAAUCCUUUCAUACACAUGCAUUGUUUCUUUUUGUCUGCACAAACUAAUACAGGCAGUGGUUUGCACUUCUGGGACAAAGUUGAUCCAAGAUGUCAGAGCAGAAUAAUCCGUCGUAGGUGCAAAGCCACUGGAUGGAUUUCACAAAUCCAGUCUCUUCUUACAUUGUGGUCAUGUAAAAAGGGAAAAGCAGUAUGGGGAAACCAGUGUACAUAGAUGUAGUCUGAAAUGAAAAACUGUUGGAUGCAGUAGAUGAUGUCAAGUUGUCAGAUGUUUGCCAUUGAAAUCAACAUUUUUUUUCUUCAAGUCAGUGGUGAAUAGGCAGUGCUGCAGAAUAUAACUAGUUAGUUGAGUUGGAGGCAGCAGAAGUAGCUAAAACCUGGCAGGUGGAAACCAGAGAGAAAAGGCAGUAGUCGUAGUUUUGUGUGAUCAGGACAGAUGAGAGUAGAUGACUUUAAGGAAGGCGGAGAGGGAACGAACAUAAACAGCAGCAUCAUAACUUAUCAUGCGUCAUUCUAACAUCAACAGUAACAAACACACACACACACAUGUGCACACACACACAUAUUGACAUACACACACAGAAUGCCUUACAGUCCGUUAACCAUGCAAGACAGAAACACUUUAGAGUAGUUCAUAAGCUUCAGUGCAGUCACAGGACCUAGCCAUUAGUUUGAGUUGUAGUCCAUAUUCGUGUGAGCGACAACGCCCCUCUACAGCUGUGGUUUUUCUUACAAACUGGGCCGCAGUGAUUAAUGUCGAAGGCAAACUGGAUCUAGAGAUCUGUGCCUUUCGGUUAUGCAUCCAGGCCUUCAGGAGUAGGAAAAGGUGCACGCACACAUCCAAACACACACGUAUUUGCACACACACACACAUGCUCACGGUCACCACCCCUCUACAGAAUAUGGAGAAUAUCUGAUGCUGUUUGUUUAGCAUGUUCUACUGCUGAGCAUUGUUAGAACGUUCUUUUGUACAAAGUACAAGUAUACUUAUAAUUCUUGUAUUUUAUUUUUCUAUAAUUUCCAAAGAGAUGUUGUAGAUCUUGCACACUGUAAGAGGCAGUUACAGCGAAUAUUUAUUUGCAAAUAAAGAUGAACAGUUCUGGUGGUCGACUGCUCAUUUCA